AUGUUCAGCAGGCGACGCCGCGCGGCGUCCAACCCACCUCCGAACCGGGGUGUGGUCACCGCGAAUCCCACCGCUGCUCUCGCCGCAAGUCAGGCCUUUCUCAAGAAUGCCAACUCUAACGCAUCCCUCUCUUCCGCAGCCGCAGCGGCGGCUCUGCGGUCGCAUCAGUCCUCUCCCGCCCCGGUCCAUACCAUCCAGACAAAGCGCAUGCAGCGGAGGGCCUCGGUCGCAUCUGGCGCAAGCGCUGCGACAGCCCCUACGAUGCAGCGUCGCAUGAGCAACGGCUCCAUGAGCGACCGGACCUUCCGCUCUCCGUCGCCGGCCCGCUCCAGUGACAACGGUGUAGCCGCGGACACGGAUGCUCCACCGGUCCCAGCGAUACCGAGAGAUAUGUCGCCCAUGCCGAAAGGCAAGCGUGCAGCGAGCGCCGACCUACCUCCCAUGCGCGUGGCUUCCCCGAACCCGAGGAAGCCAGGGGCUAGACCUAUGAGCGUGGAUGCAGGCAAUAGGAAACCGGCCUCGAACGUGCCUCAAAGAAAUCGUGCUUCUACGUUGUCGCAAGUGACAGAAAUGGAUGAUUCAGGUAGCCAAAAGUCUAUCAAUUUCUCCCGGCCCAUGUCCCCGCGGGUCACGCCCACGCCCCCAGCAACUCCUUCACCCAUCAAGACGAGCCAUAGCGGCUGGUACACUACUCCAGUGGUAAACGACGUGAAGCCGAGGGAAGAAAUUGAUACCAAGACACCUUUUACCGGUAAGAAGUCAGCUUCCGGAACCACCGGCUUAGAAACGUCGAUACACAACGCCGCGAACCAGCCCGUGAAAAAGAGGAAAAAGAAAGUGACAUCUGGUGGGGAAGGAAGUCAUUUGGCUGGUGGGACAAUGGGUGCCAAGCCUACUGGAACCGCCGUGGAUACCACUGCCUCAACGCCUAAUCGUCCAAGAACCCCUUCGUCCACAGUGGCCGCCCCAGCUGUUCCCGACAGUCCGCAGAGCUCCGAGCUUUCCGACUCUUCCGACUCGGAAGGUGUCAUUUCAGCAAAGCCGGCGGCGCUUGUCAGACAACCUUCAACAGUUAUGGAGCAACCGGAAGCAGAAGAGCAAGCAGAAAACCGGAAGGUCGUAAACAAAGCAAAGAAAGUUCGACCGAAAGGGACACCCGCGGCAUCGAGGGUUGCACCGGCAAAGGCGCAUGUUGCAGAAAUUCAAAAGGCCAAGGACCCAGUGAGAUCCUCGAAACAAAGCCUAGUUGUAGGAACGGAUGCCGCAACACUGCGUGGUGCAGGCCGAGGCACGGGCCAUGAAAGACAAUCAUCUUUAAGCCCAGGACGUCAAGCACAUUUCGUCAAUGGUUUGGUGGAACCAGCUAGCGGUAUCAAACAUCAGCCGCCACCGCGCUCUGUAUCGCCAGCAAAAUCAGCUCUCAAGCACUCACCAUCAUCUGCAAGGACAGGCUCGCCCAUUCCCUUACGCAUGACCCAAACGCCAUCUGACGUCGGGUCAGAUACGGGGUCAGAAAGAGGGCCGAGUCAAAAAAGGAAAAAGAACGUUCGUGUCAGUUUUGAUGACGGUGCCGUUGCCGAUGAUGAAUCGCCUUCCGCGCAACCCACUGGCCUUGAGUCCUCUCGCUGGAGUGGCAGGACCUUACGAGGUGAAGAGGAAGACCUGGACGAAAUCAUGAAGCCAAGGCCAGCAUUGCCAAUGUUCGGUAGUGUUCGGAGAGAGCGCAGAGAUCGAGUUGAAGAAUUUCCUCAGAAGGUUACUGAGACUGUAACACCAUCAAUGUCUAAUUCUGUUAGCACGGUCGUCGAGCCUAUGGAAGCAUCGACUGACCAGGUAGUAGGUGGAGUUCUUGCGGAGAACUUUGCUUCGGGGAAGAAUAAUGAAAGUACUGUAGCACCGGAGGUCGCCCCUACUGAGGCUGUUAAUAAGGCCUCCGGUGCGGACUACAGCGCAGAUGAAAAAGAGAUGGACUCUCUGAGGAAGAACGAUACGGACCCCGUUGCUAAGGCUCUUGAAGGCGAAAACUCGAGAUCCGUUGACGUCUCGGAAGAGAAGCCUGACGGAUCAGCAUAUGGAGAUUUGAUGGAUGUGCCUAGUAUUGCGGUGCAACCAGCCACUCCCGGAACGGAAGUCGAGACUGGAGAGCUGCCAUUCGAAAUUCCUGGCUCAUGGUCUGGUGACGAGGAGCCAAAGUCUCGCAAAGGAGCCCCGUCAGAUGGCGGCCCUGGUCCAAUUGAGCCGGGAGUUACGCUCGAGCAGUACCUUGAAAGCGACGGUGAGGAGAAAGACGAAGAGGAGGAGGAAGAGGACGGCACCGACGACAACACCGAUGAUGGCAGCGUUUACAGUGAUGCCGCAGAGUCUCUGGUGGAAGGAGAAGAAGCCGGUUUUGCUUCACUCAAUGCCAUUGUCGAGAGCCCAUCUAUUGGUACGACUGCUUCUCCUCCCGAAAGCCCGGAGGCUGCCCAAACAAAUAAGGCAGGGCGCGGAGACCAGAUCCGGCCACCUCAGAACGAAGCGAAUUGGGACCAAGCAAAGUCAUACUGGAGCGGCCUCAACGCACAGCGCAAGUCUGGCACAGAGGAUAUGACAAGGCAUGAGCCCUUCGAAUCGGAGAAUGGGCGCGACCUGGAAUCGGAACCUGCGCUGAAAGAGAAAAAACCGAAGAAAAAGAAGAAGGCAACGGUUUUUGUCGAGCCAAACAACGCGACAUCGCCUGCGGCGGCUCGACAAAUGGCUCCGAGGCAGCCCCCGAACCAGUCAGCUCAGCCGAAGAAGUCGGCGCUCAAGUCGAGUAUGCGCGCCCCGAGGCCCGCAGAACCUGUCGAAGAGGCUCGGCCUGUCCGCAUGCGUGCGUCUAUGAGGGAUGCACCUCCUGCGAGAGAGGGCAGUAUGCGGACGACUAUGAGACAAGGGCCUGCGAGAGAGGGAGGUAUGAGGUCUUCUAUGAGAAGUCCGCCUCCCUCCAGAGAGGGUGGCAUGCGGACGAGUAUGAGAAGCCCUCCCACUGGUCUUGCCGCUUCCCGAUACAGCGACACUGCUAUGGAGUCGCGUGAACAGAAGGGUGCCCUGCAAAAGCGGAACAUCCCUAUGUCUGCUCAGAAGCCCGUGCCAGCGCCCACUCGGCGGAGUGCAGCCAAUGUAGUGGUGCCCCAGCAGAGGAUGUCUGCGACGAUGCCCGCCUUGGGUCGGACGCUCUCUAACGACUCCGAUGCAUCAGUGAGCAGCUUCAAGAGGGCGCGUCGCCCUUCUGCUGUGAACGAUGAGGGCCGCUACAGCAUGCGUCGCAGCAUGCGCAACUCUGUGUCUGAGGCACCUACGAUGCGGUCCAGGUCCCCCGUUAAGUCUCCCGUCCCUGGAGCUUCUCGAUCUUCUCGUCUUAGCAUCCGCUCUCUCUCUCCCACAAGCAACCUCUUUGGUCGCCGUCCACUCGCUGCCCAGAACCAAGACUCAUCCUUUCCCACCCUCCGCUCCUCGCAGCCACCGCCCGCCAAGUCCGCACGCUUUUCCAUGCCUGCCAAGUCUAGCAAACAAAGCAAACCCGCCAAGAACACAUCCACGCGUUUCAAGUCCCGCUUUGCCGACUCGGACGAUUCAGAUGACGACGUCCCAGCGCUGCCACGCUUCCGCUCCCGCUUCGCCGAUUCGGACGACGAGUCGGAUGAUGAGGCUAUGCAUGCAAACCUCAGACCAGUGCGCGGUAUCCCGCGAGCCGCCGGCCAGGAAGACGGCGACUCAACAGACCUGGAGGAGGAAAUGGAAGAGUCCGGUACAUCGCGGCCGCCGACCUCAGGUACGGCCCCGCCGCCACCACCACCCGUGCCCUCGAGCCAGGACAUUGAGCGCGCGCUGCCGAAGGGCGGUCUGCGCGAUAGCAAGUACGCCCCCAAGAACGACGCUGCCACGCCUCGCAAGGAGAAGCGCGGCUUCUUCGGGCUGGGCAAGAAGCGCCAGCAGCAGCGGCCCAGCACGCCUACGGGCACGGCUCCCGCCACUGCAUCAUCAUCCUCGCCGCAAACAACAAAUGGCAAGCUCCAGCGCCGCGCAGCGUCGCAGCCGCCAGCUCCGAACGACCACUGGCCGCUCACGUCGCUGCCACCGCCGGUGCCGCCAAUCCCGGUCGACGAGUCGGAGGCGAGUGAGGCCCGGCCGGAGACUUCGGAUGGGCUUGGGUUCCGGCCGAAGCUGGCGAAGCGGUUGAGUGCUGCUGGGGGCAGUGAGAGGGGUGUCAAGUCUAAGGAGGUGUUGGGAAGGAGUGGCAAGAAGAAGAAGUUCGGUGCGUUGAGGAGGGUGUUUGGGUUGACUGACUGA